AUGGUUCAACUAAAGCAAUUGUCAAUACGACUGAAAUCUAUUAAAAAUAUUCAAAAGAUUACUAAAACUAUGAAGAUGGUGUCAGCCAGCAAGUUCACAAGAGCGGAGCGUGAAUUGCAAGCAGCACGUCCGUUUGGCUACGCUCCUCGCAAGUUCUAUGAGAGCUCACAACUGGUGCUGGGGCCUGUAGACGUCAAGCCUGAUAAAACGAAAUCGAAGGGGCCAGAGCCGCCGCCUCCACCACAGCCCAGUAGCGCCCCGGCAGCACCCACUGAUAAAGACAAGAAGAUGAAGAGGAUUUACAUUGCCAUGACUUCGGACAGAGGACUAUGCGGCGGCGUGCACACCGGCGUGGCUCGGCGCAUCAAGCGUGAGUUCACGGACCGCGCGGCUGACGGACAAUUCCACAAGCUGGUUUGCGUGGGAGACAAGUCCCGCGCCAUCCUGCGCCGAGUCUACUCGCAGAGCAUGCUCGUUAGCGUCAGAGAUGUGGGUCGACUGUCACCAGGGUUCGCGGACGCGUCUCUGAUAGCAGCCGUGAUAACGCAGGCUGGAUUCUAUUACGACAUCGGCGAGAUAUACUACAACAAGUACAUCUCCCCCGUCAAGUACCAGCUCACCGUCGUGCCCGUAUUCACCAAGGAGAAGAUUGAGACUGCGCCGAACAUGCUGGCAUUCGAUGACGUGGAUGCUGAGGCGCUGGAGAGCUACGCGGAGUGGACGCUGGCUGCGCUGCUGUACUACGCGCUGAAGGAGGGCGCUGCCUCCGAGCAAUCCUCGCGCAUGUCCGCCAUGGACAACGCCACUAAGAACGCUGAUGAGAUGAUCAGGAAGCUGACGCUGCUGUUCAACAGGACGCGGCAGGCUGUCAUCACCAGGGAGCUUAUUGAAAUCAUAUCCGGCGCCUCCGCGCUUAAGUGA